UCGAUAGGCUAACUACAGCACGUCGCUGUGAACUGGCUACUUUGGCGCAAUUUAUGUUCAUCAAUCCUUCCUUAGCAUCAGUGGACGUAUCAUCCCGAACAGAAAAAGACGUGGUCGUAACGUUAGCUACCUAGAUAACCCAGUCGUAUUUAAAUGGUUUGUUUUGUUAUUUGUUGAUUUACUACGACACUUUAUUUAAAGCGUGAAGACACGAAUCGCUUGAGAUUCGACAGUGAUUUGUAUAAAGUGGGGUCCGCACCAAAACGUGCGUUGUGUUGCCCUUUUAAAGAUCCGCAUUGAACGAACCGUGAUUUGACAUUUCGGCAGCGGUAGAGACCUCCAAUUUAACCGACAACGACUGGACCACGCGAUAGAGCAGGUGACAUAACCACUUUGGCGCUGAUAUCUGGAGCCUCAGGAUCUCAUCAUGCCCGUGGCAUCUGCUGGGUCCGACCCUGCUGUUCAGCAGGUCCUGGACACUCUGAGUGACAGCACCAGCUCCACCACCGCCAACGACCUUGACCUGAUCUUCCUGAAGGGCAUCAUGGAGAGCCCAGUGGCUGCAGAGAACCCGGAGGAGAUGCGCUUGGAGGCGGUGCGGGACAACAACGUGGAGCUGGUGCAGGAGAUCCUGAGAGACCUGAGCCCCUUCACCCCCCACAGCCCCACGGCCGCUGAGCUCACACGCAUCCUGAGCGAGCCGCACUUCCAGUCUCUGCUGGAGACACAUGACUCUGUAGCGUCUAAAAGCUACGAGACCCCACCCCCCAGCCCCUGCGCCUUCAUGGACGCCAGCAUCAGCACGCAGAUCGUGCCCCCCGACGCUGUGCGCAUGGUGGGCAUCCGCAAGGUCUCCGGGGAGCACCUGGGCGUGACGUUCCGUGUGGAGAGCGGGGAGCUGGUGAUCGCCAGGAUCCUGCACGGCGGGAUGAUCGACCAGCAGGGCCUCCUGCACGUGGGCGACAUCAUAAAGGAGGUGAACGGGAAGGAGGUGGGGAACGACCCCAAAGUGCUGCAGGAGAUGCUGCAGGAGGCCAGCGGGAGCGUGGUGCUGAAGAUCCUCCCCAGCUACCAGGAGCCCCACCCCCCCCGCCAGGUGUUUGUGAAGUGUCACUUUGAAUACGAUCCGGCCAAUGACAACCUGAUUCCCUGCAAGGAGGCGGGGCUGAAGUUCAGCAGCGGGGACAUUCUGCAGAUCGUCAACCAGGAAGACCUGAACUGGUGGCAGGCGUGUCACGUGGAGGGGGGCAGUGCAGGGCUCAUCCCCAGCCAGCUGCUGGAGGAGAAGAGGAAGGCCUUCGUCAAGAGAGACCUGGAGCUGGCCGCUGCAGGGCCGCUCUGCAGUGGUAUGGGAGGGAAGAAAAAGAAGAAGAUGAUGUAUCUGACAACCAAGAAUGCAGAGUUUGAUCGGCACGAGCUGCUGAUCUAUGAGGAGGUGGCGAAGAUGCCGCCCUUCAGGAGGAAGACUCUGGUUCUGAUCGGUGCGCAGGGCGUGGGCCGGCGCAGCCUCAAGAACAAGCUGCUGGUGUCGGACCAGCUCCGCUACGGAACCACCAUCCCCUACACGUCCCGGAAGCCCAAGUCGGGCGAGAAGAGCGGGCAGAUGUACGGCUUCGUGUCGCGCAGCGAGAUGGAGUCCGACAUCAAGAACGGGCGCUACCUGGAGCACGGCGAGUACGACGGGAACCUGUACGGCACCAAGAUCAGCUCCAUCCACGAGGUGGUGGAUGCGGGCCGCGUCUGCAUCCUGGACGUCAACCCGCAGGCGCUGAAGAUUCUCCGGACGUCUGAGUUCCUGCCGUUCGUGGUGUUCAUCGAGGCGCCUGACUUUGAGGUCCUGAAGGCCAUGAACCGCUCUGCCAUCGAAGCGGGAAUCGCCACAAAGCAGCUAACGGACAGCGAGCUGAAGAGGACGGUGGACGAGAGCAGGAGGAUCCAGCGUGCCUACGGCCACCUCUUCGACCUCACCAUCAUCAACGACAACCUGGAGGGCACGUUCCGGGCCCUCAAGGCCUCCCUGGAGCAGCUGGGGGCCCAGCAGCAGUGGGUCCCAGUGAGCUGGGUGUUCUAGCAGCGGCCGCGCGGUCGUCCGGCCCGGGCGGGGAAGACGAGAAGGGGGAGGGGGGGGCGGGGCGUCCCGGCUGGUGCAGUACACAGCGAGGAGCCAGCGACGGACCUCUGAGUGAUCCUGAUGAUAAUCCACCGAAGAUCCGAGAGCCCCCCCCCUACUGGCCGGCUGACCACACUGUCAGUAAAAAUCCGUCCAGAUUUCACCCCCAGACUUUUGUACAAAUAUCCUUUUUCAGACAUGGUUUUUAAUUGUAUUUUUAAUUUUGUAAACAAAGAGCAUACUUCUCUAUCUAUAUCUGUAUCUUUGAGAAAGAUGUAUCAAAAGUAGUCUGAGGUGCGAGUGUGUGUGUGUGCGUGUGCGUGUGUGUGUGUGCAUGCGUGCCUGGGUUAGUAUUUAUUUAGAGAUUGGGCUAUAGUGCUAAGUGUCUUUUGGUGUUAAAGCUGAUCAUGUCUCAGUGGUAAUCAUUUCAAAAGAGGGGAACUUGUCGAGCUCUUCUGAAACAGGCAAUACUUAAUCUACAGUGUUGACAAUGAGCAGUGUUAGUUUAGUCUCAGUGGUCACAAUAAAUAUACCAGUUGUACAGGACUGAAACUCACUAGGUGUUAGGGCUUAUGGUCACAUGCCAUAUGUGUAAAUACACAUGCGUGUAUACGAACAUAUGCACACACACAUGCUCACACACACGCAUACACA